GAAAGCAACAAUACAUUAUGUAAUGGCAUAUACUUAUAUAAAUUCAGAUUCGCGUUAUAUGAUUGUCUUGGGACCUCAAUCGCAUAUAUUCUAUUAGUUUUUCCUUCACUUCAAAGCCUGCGGGUUCAUGAAUCCAACAAGUGGAAGUUUUGGAAUGGGUCUGCUUCAACUCGAACGCUCAAGAGUCUUAGCUGUCAAGAUCCUCUGCUUAUCUCCGGAUGCUUUAGAGGCGCUCUAUUACCGGGGUGACAGGAUACCGUUGUUCAACAAUUUGAUAUCUUUAUCUGUGGGAAGCGAUAAACCUCAUGGUUCACCAUUCAUCUUCUGGAAAUUGCUUCCAUCUCUGCUCAACAACUCUCUUAAUAUUGAAACACUCACCAUCAAGGGUCUAGUGCACUAUGUUGCUGAAGGAUGGGAAGGUUUGAGUCCUAUGAGCCGCCUCUGCUUUUCAUGGGAUGCUGUGUCUGAUUCUCUGUCAUCAUCUGCAAUGAAGGUUUUAGAGAUCACUGGAUCUCCAUCUAGCCGUGGAUUUGAAGGAAUGGACGUCAUCACUUCCCGCAAAGAUCUUCUUGACCGAGACACUGGUUAAGUUGACUCUAAAGAUUAGAGAUGGUCCUCGCAUUGAUGUGAAAGAUGUUCAUCUUCCAAAACUUAAGACUAUCUAUCUCGAGUCAGUUUCGUUUGAUAAGUAUGAUAUUGGGUUUAGCAAGCUUCUUUCUGGUUGUCCCAUGCUUGAAGAACUUGUUCUCCAUCAUAUAUGGUCAUGUGUAUGGACAUCUUGCCCUGUUUCUGUCGCCACUCUCAAGAGACUGACGUUUUGUUGUGAGAACAUGAAGUUUUCCAGUAUGCACGAGGAAAAUCCAAAUAAUGUGUCCUUUGAUAC